AUGGUUACCCCGUUGGAGAAGGCAAUAGAGAGGUAUAUAGAUGGUUUACCCGAUUCUGUGCAAGACAUUGUGACUGGCAGUAAUCCUACUACUGUUCGUCAAGCGAUCAAAUUGGCUGCUACUCUGACCGAAUCUCAGGUCAGAAAAGGUAAACUGACCCGUAAGGGUGACAAGAAGAAGUCAGUUGAUUCCACACAAGAAAAGGGUAAAGGUAAGGGAAAGAAAAAGGGUGAGUCUUCUAAGAAGUCGAGGAAGCGCAAGGCUUCCCAGAACAUUGCUAUCACUGCGCAGAAUGCUCAGAACCCACCAGCACUACCUCCUGCGAAGAAACAGUAUGCUGGUACCGCACCUCACUGUACAAGGUGCAAUGGUCAUCAAGUUACACAACGAGCUUGUAAACAAUGUACUAAUUGCGGUAAACUUGGGCACUUGGCCGACAUCUGUCGUUUGGGUCAUAAUCAAGCUGCGCAGAAUCCAGCACAAGCUCAGGGGAAUGCUGCUAGAUUCCCACCAGGUUCGUGUUACAACUGCGGUGAAAUGGGUCAUUUCCGCAACAACUGCCCGAGGUUGGCGAAUGCGAAUGCCAAUGUGAAUCCCGCUCGUGGACGAGCGUACAACUUGAAUGCUAACGAGUCUAGAGCUGACAACGAGGUUGUUAAUGAUAAUUAA